UAUUCUACGACUGCACUGCAUGCACGUUGUAGAGGUUAUGUCCGUUAAUACGGUUUGUAAACAGUAUUCAAGAAUUUCGUGACAAUAUACAAUUCUGUGUUCAGUGAUGAAGGAAAAGGUUCAGAAAAAAUGAUAAAGGAUUUAUUUAAAGUAUACAAGUUUCGUUUCUGUAUAUUGUUAUCGAAUGUGGCGAGAAAGUAAUACACUUCACACGGGUUCAUGUAAGACAUAAAUAUAUAUUGAAAUGUAUUUAAAACUUUUCAUUAUUCUGUGUGUUUUCCAAAUUAACCAUGCUUGGGAGGCGCCAGAAAAUUUUGCAAAGACUGGUCAUUCGAAUAACUGGGCGGUAUUAGUUGAUACCUCGCGUUUUUGGUUUAAUUAUCGGCACGUGGCAAAUGUAUUAUCGAUUUAUCGUAGUGUUAAACGUUUGGGAAUACCAGACUCUCAGAUUAUUCUCAUGAUAGCAGACGACAUGGCAUGCAAUCCAAGAAAUCCUAGGCCAGCUACUGUGUUCAAUAACAUCAAACAACAUAUUAAUGUUUAUGGAGACGACGUAGAAGUAGAUUAUAGAGGCUAUGAAGUCACUGUAGAAAACUUUGUGAGGUUAUUAACUGGAAGGUUAACACCGGAAACACCGAGAUCUAAGAAAUUGUUAACAGACGAAGGGUCUAAUAUUUUGAUUUAUCUUACUGGCCAUGGUGGAAAUGGAUUUCUAAAGUUCCAAGAUUCAGAAGAAAUUACUAGUCAAGAACUUGGGGAUGCGCUUGAACAAAUGUGGCAAAAGCGAAGAUAUCAUGAGAUUUUGUUUAUAGUGGACACAUGCCAAGCGAGUUCUAUGUAUCAAAAGUUUUACUCUCCAAACAUUUUAGCAGUUGCUUCUAGUCUAGUGGGGGAAGAUUCACUUUCUCAUCACUUGGAUCCUGCCAUUGGUGUUUACAUUAUAGAUCGGUAUACGUAUUAUGCGUUGGACUUUUUAGAAAACGUAGAGCCUUCUAGUACUAAAACUUUAGGAGAAUUUCUCAAAGUAUGCCCCAAGCAUUAUUGCCUAUCAACAGUAGGAGUAAGGAAGGAUUUAUUCAGAAGAGAUCCCGAUAGGGUACCAGUUACAGAUUUCUUUGGAUCCUUGAGGCCUGUAGAGUUAACUACAAGCAUAAUGAACGUUUUGCCUCUUAAAGCAAACAAGACAAAAACUAUCGAGCCGGAAAGAAAAUAUUCUUACGUUGCACAGUUUCCGGAUAUAUCGCAAUUUACAUAAUGUAUAGAAAUAUCAAAUUAUAUAAUAAAAACCAAAUUUAUAAAAAAAAAAA